AUGAGUAACCACCAGCAGACUGGCUUUGAUCAGCCGUUCUUCAUCGUUACUUGGAUUGAGACUGGCUUGGCACUGGUUUUACUGUCUGUUAGGUGCUUUACAUCCUGGAAGAUUGUUCAAUAUACUGGACCUGACCUAAUUCUGGCAAUCAUUACUUUUAUUUUUGGCAUUGCGAGCAUGGUCAUGAUCACUGUGGGAACGGCAUACGGCAUCGGGACUCCCUCAGCUACCCUAACAAAUAGCGAUGACAAGAAUGCUUUGUUGUUUGGUUGGACUAGUCAGUUCUUGUCUCUCAUUGGUAUUGGUCUUGGGAAGGUUGCCCUUGUGGCGUUUAUAGAGCAUCUCCAGAAGUACGAAAGAAAGUCCAAGAGGGCGUUUCUUUGGUUUAUUGCUGGAAGUAAUCUCAUCGUCAAUGUGGUUGCUGCUAUCCUCGUCUUUCUUCAGUGCUCCCCUGCAAAGAAGCUCUGGGAUGAACAGAUACCCGGACGGUGUCCCGGGCGGAGAAGAGUUCAGAUCUUCGGGUAUAUCCAGGGACCCUACUCGGCAUUCUGUGAUUUUGCCUUAGCGGUUUACCCCGUGCUCAUAUUCCGCAAAGUCCAGGCGUUUUCACUCCCAACCAAAAUUGGCCUUUCUGUCCUUAUGGGGCUCGGUAUAGUGGCAGGCGCCUGUACAAUAAUCAAGACCGUUAAACUGAAGCUCUUGACUAAAGUCGAAGAUACCACAUGCACGUACUCACGGGAGGCUCUGGCCUUAGAAGCCAAGACUUAUACUAACUAUCACUCCAGGGACACUGGCUGGAUUGAUUCUGUGGAACCAGUACGUACAUUGUAUGACCUGGUUAGCCACGGUAUGGAGAAUUGA